UUUGGAGGCAUUGGGGCUUUUUCUUACAAUAAUACUGCAUAAUAAUUAUUAUGCUUCGGGGUUUUUAUAUUCAUUCACAGAUAAAGCAGAUCACAGUUGCAUCUUGUAAUAUCUGAGCUCAGGUUUGGCUUGGGCACUGUGACUGGAGAUUUUGUAUGGAUGCUUCUGUACAAAAUAUAAAACUGCUGGGUUGCUUACAGCUGAAAACUGGAUCUUAUGGAUUCAGCGAUUCCUUCCUGAGUUCCUAUAACUAAUUCCUAAUGUGGCCUUCAUCUCCUCAUGUUUUUCAGCUCAGAAUUGCGUAGCAUUGUGGGGUAGCUCUCUCCUAUUUUUCACUCUUAGCUGCACCAUAGUCUUUUAAUGAUCCUUCCUGACUGUCUUUCUUUGUGCCACCUAUGCCACCUUCCAUAGGGAUGCAGAGGUAGUAACAGGAAGGAGAGGAUAAAGACGAUAAAACCUCCACUGAUUUUAUUCCAUUUUCCCUUGGUGAGGCCUGCAUGUGGAUGUUGAAUGGGUAGCACCCUCUGUGGCAGUUUUGGGCUCCCUGUGCACAUGGGGUAUCUGUUAAUGCCAUGUGCCAUGCGGUGCUGGUGCAGAGCUGGCACUGCAUGAUGGAUCCUGUGCUUUGUGCUGGCGGUGCCCUGCCCAGCGGUGGCUUCUAUGCCGUGGCAAAGCAUCCCAAAAUUACCAUUUGGGCAGCUGACACAUUCUAUUUACUCCUGCAGCUGUUGUCUGUGUUUCACAAGGUCCUGACUUCAUAACUGCAGCCCCUGCUCCCUCCUUAGUCAGGAUUGUCCCUGUGUGUUUGCUGAAGUGCCUUGUGAGCCAAAAACUGCUGCUGUUACAAAAUCAGCAAUAGGAGCAGUUAUGCCAACAUUGGUGAUAUUGGUUGUUAGCAUUUGAAGAAAUGACAUGUGUUUUAUUUUUCCUACUUAAACACUGGUAACUACCAGGGUAUGGUACAGUGUGGUCCAGAGGGCUGUCCUGCAUUGCAGACCCCACAUCCAUGCCUGUCUUCUCUUCUAGAACUAUAUUAUUUCUGGUUUACUGACAUCACCCAUUGAUUAUCAUGUUUGCAACCUCGUUGCUAUGGAGGGAAGAGCAAGAAAUAUUUGUAUGGAAAGUAAGGAGUCCUCCAACAGCUGUGGUUCUCAGGUAUUGAAAAGUUCAGGCUGGAGGUUUUCCUGUGCUCUUCAUAGCCUCUGCACAGCACUGUCCUGAGGAGAAGCAGCUGGAAGGUGGGCACUGCUGUAAGGAGAAGCAGCAGGCAGUCUAGCGCUGCACCUUGGCUACGGGGCACCAGGGUGAGCCUCCUCGCAAGGCUGCUGUACCUCCCUGCGCCAGCUGCCAUGGAGACUCUGUCCCAGGACUCUCUGCUGGAGUGCCAGAUUUGCUUCAACUACUACAGCCCGCGCCGGCGUCCCAAGCUGCUGGACUGCAAGCACACCUGCUGCUCAGUGUGCCUGCAGCAGAUGAGGACCAGCCAGAAGGACCUGCGCUGCCCCUGGUGCCGUGGGAUCACCAAGCUGCCGCCGGGGUACUCUGUGUCGCAGCUGCCUGAUGACCCUGAGGUGAUCGCUGUCAUUGCAAUCCCCCACACCUCGGAGCAUACCCCUGUCUUCAUUAAACUCCCCAGCAAUGGGUGCUACAUGCUGCCCUUGCCCCUCUCCAAGGAGAGGGCACUACUGCCAGGAGACGUUGGCUGCCGCCUUCUGCCUGGUGGCCAGCAGAAGUCCCUGGCGAUGGUGACGAUCCCAGCGGAGCAGCAGCCGCUGCAGGGCAGCCUUCCCACUGAUGGGGGAGCAGAGGAACCAGACCAAAGAGGUGUUGUUAAAAGCUCCACCUGGUCGGGUGUUUGCACUGUCAUCCUGGUGGCCUGUGUCCUGGUCUUCCUCCUGGGCAUUGUCCUCCACAACAUGUCCUGCAUUUCCAAGCGCUUCACAGUGAUCUCCUGUGGCUGAGGCGAGGAGGGGAUUGUGCUCCCCUGGGGUUUGGGUCGGGUCGGUGGUGGUGGUGGUAUCAAGCAAGACAAUUCACCGCAGCUUUGCCCAAUGACUGCAGAACACUGCGCACUGGGGCAGCAGUGCACUGGCCUGGCCGCGGCCCCUGGUGGUGCAGCGCAGCGUGCAGAGAAAAUCACGACCUGUUUCUGGCAGCAAUGGCACUGAGGAGGACUGCAUGCAUCACCAUAGUCAUUUAUCAAAGGGACUGCAACUUAACAGUGAUUUUUCUUUUUUUUUUAUCGUGUUAUGAGAUUAAAGGCAUCCAUGUAGCUGGUUAUACUGUAAAGUUUAUGGUAUGAGCUCUUCUGUAAACACAGUAGAUUAAAAUCAAGACUACUCCAUGUAGAAUUAAGGGAGAAUUGGUGUGCAACUCUACAAGGUGUUCAGUACCAGUCCACACAUGCAUUAUUUUGUAAUGGGGGGAGGGAGACUUGUAAAAUCAAGAAAUCAUUUAGCUGGUAAUGCAUUUUGUGUGUUUUAAGCUGCACAUUAAUUGAACCAAGUUAGGGAGUUGUACAGUAGUUUUUAAAAGGAAAUGUUUUACAAGCAAUCAUUCCAUUCCAUGGUGUGUGUCUUUUGCCUCUCUAUGCUCCCCCGUUUUUUUUUCAACCACAGGGAAGUGGCACUUCCAGCAUCUUUUGUUUGAAGGAGCUUCCAAGCAGGGAAGCAAAGUGGGCUAGGAGGAGUACCUAAAAAUGCAGCCAAAACACUUGUGCCUAAUUGGUUUCACACAAAGGAUGACUUUGAAUGGCAAACAUUGGACAUAUUGUUUAACCUCCAGUCUGACAGAAGGACUUCCCAACAACCUGGCCUUCAUAGCCAUUACUGAACAAAUGGGUUAUUGUUAUUAUUUUUCUAGAGGUUGGGUUUUCUUAGUUGUUCUUGAAGAUUUUAGACGUAUUUUGCCUCCCUCUUUCCUAGGAGAGGCAACUGUGUACCCAUGGAUGGUGUGAGAGUGGAGUGGCUCUAAGGAAGCCUUACCAUCCCAACUGAGACCAAGGACCCUUAUAUGCAAUCAUCUAGUAAGACACAGUGACAUAGCUGUGAGGAGAACUCAGGCCAGCCUAACCCUCUACUAGGUGGCCUACCUCUCCUAAACCACUGUGCCUGUUCUGGUAUCAAAAUGUCUAGGUGAGCAUAACAGAGCCUCUCCACAUGUUCAGUCUUAUAAUGUUGGUGUUUGUAAGGACAGGAUUGAAAAAAGCACAGGAAGUGUCUCCUUCCACCUCUGAGUGUCAUGAAACCCCAUUCAUUUGCGGUUCACUUCUUGCAAAGAGCUGAAUUCCUGAACCUUCACUGCUCUGAGCAAUCCCACUAGCUUUAGCAGUACUGCUUAUAAGUAAAAUAGAGCUCAGUGUGAAUUUGGGUAUUUGGCAAGUAUGAAAGCUGAAAUUUGUGUGAGAUUUAGGGAUCGGAUUGAGGGGCAUGUGCCAGACCUUUAAUAAGAUGGAAAAAAGCUAUUGGUUUGCACUGCUGCUUUUUGCAAAUACGAAGUGUAACCUCCCAGAAAUGUGACCUCUUGUUAUUUACCUACAGGUCUUUUUAAUAAUUAAUUAGAGAUCACUGAAUGCCAUAUUAUAACACUGGAGAACAUAAAUUUGACUAUGCUGUGCCAAGUUGGCCCUGUAGACAUCAGUGAUUUUCUGGUUAUGUCAUAAAAUCCAGUUGCUGGUUCACAAUAAAUGUUCUCAGCUAGGACUUUCAUCAGGAACAUACCUCUAACUUUGUGCUGGGUUUCAGCCCCUCCCUCUUCCCAAACAAUUUUUCUUGACUCCUGUUAACUGAAGAAUAGCAUGUAUGGUGCUUAAUUGUUAUGAUGUGUGUUCCAUCAUGUACGGAGAGGAACCAUUGUGCUGAUUCUAACCUACUGUCAUAUUUCUGCGUAGCACAGCAAAAAAACCCCAGCAUCCUCAGAUAACACAUUCAAUGCCUUUUUAGUGCAAGGCCCAUGUGCAGUAUGCCUUGAAUCUGACUUAAGAGUAUUGUAAUACAUGGAAGCUGCUGCAGCAUGUUUCAUUUGGUAGCAGUAGGGAACAGCAGGAAUUCCAAAAUGUGUCUUCUGAACGUGCUAGUCUCUUGUUGCCAAUAGGUAGCACAUCCGUGCUACGCUGCUUAUUGUGUAAAGGAAAGCCAGUUAACGAAAAAGGAAUAAUCUUGCCUUUAUAAGACUCCUAAGGAAGUGACCAGAUGCAGGACUUGACCCUCUACUGCCUUAUCCCCUGUAGCGAUUGAUGGGUGUGCCAGGAGCAUUGAGCAUAGCUGGAACUAUGCUGAGAACAGCACUGAUGUGUUUUGCAGCAACUUAUCUGGGUUAUCAAUGACUGCACAAAACCACGAGGCAGUCAAAGAGCAAGUCCUGGAGAUACAGUGCUGAUAACGUUAACCUCCAUCCAGCUGUACUGGCUCGACUGAAGCUUUUGAGGCUGAGGUUUCUCUGGCAUUGCAAAGAAUGGUUAUCAUGAAAACUGGCUCUCUUCGUCCCUACACGGAGGGUCUAGUAUGAAAGAGAAAUCAGAAAUUAGGUUAAUAUGCCACAUUGCAUAAUACAUUGUGCAACAGGCAGACCUGGUGUUUAUCCGAUAUUAAUGACGUAAGAUAUUAGAAGACUACCAUCCUGUAUUCCGUAAUGAAGUACAUUGUUUUGUUAAUAUCAAUUUCCUGUACUUUUCGUGCCGGCUGAAAUGCAUGUUUGACCUAAUUUCUGAUCCAGACAUUUGCCUGCUCUCAGCCUUGUGUAAGAGCAAUAAGUAAAACCUCAUGAUAUUUGUCUGCCUGCAUGCACGUGCAUGCACGUGCGUUCAUGGCGUGUACGUUCAUUCCUUUUUAUAAAUAGAACUUCUGGAGAUGAUUUGUUCUGGCUUUAGAUUGUGACUAUCAUUUUAAAUUGGUAGCUGCCAUAUCAUGUUGGAUCUUCUAGCUCUUUUGCUGACUUGUGUAGAAGUGAACUAAGUAGUUUGUAGUAAUGUACAGUGUUAAAAUGUUUCUCAAAUAUGUUGAUAGUCAUACUACUUUAAAAAUGCACUGCAGUCUGUCCCAUUUCUUUGUCCAAUACCUGGCAUUAAAAAGUAAUACUGAUAUAUACAUAUUUUUUAAUUUUUUUUUUUAAAUGGCCUUGCCGUUGUAAUUUUUCUCUGUGGAGAAACACUUUUGGACUUAUGUCAAAAUCAUCAGAUUCUGGCUAGUUUUGGUUCCCUGGUGUCUAGUAAGAAAUCACUGCCCAGUUCCACCAGGAAAAAAAAAAAUAGAAACUUACUGUGACCCAGUACUGUUUGAGCAACAAAAAUUUAUACUAAAAACUUAUGUGUUAUUACUCAAGCAUCUGCAUUUUUUGAGCAAAUUACUUGGUAUGAAUGUGUAUUUAUUUCCUUGUUUAAUGGGAAGGGUGUGUGUGUUGGAGUCCAGCUUUGUUUGGUUUUUUUUUUCCUGGAGGGUCCCAACUUCCAUUUUUGGCUUGUGCUUUCCUGGCAAACAGACUUUAGGGUUCACUCUGUGAAAUUCUGUUUAGUGAAUUUUAAAAAUUCAAAAUAUGCAACUUUGGUAUGCGGGAUUUUUUAAGAAAUUAUAUGUUCCGUGAUUGUUCAUGCUUAACCAAGAUGUAAAGGAGCCUGGAUAUUUUGUAAACAUGGAGCAAUCGUGAGUCCAAAGUUUCAUCUUUAUUAAUGAAGCUCAGUCUGAAUAAAACAUUAGGAGAAAAAGAAUGCUAUCAAGUGAGUUAUGGUACCUCUGUUACUUUGCCACCAAAGGAAGAGCAUGGAAGGGAAUUUGUUAGAAUUGCUCUGUAUUUUAUGAGGGGGUGGUUGAAAUUCGACUCUUGGUGUUUUGAGGCAAAGUGUUAAGUGUGGGUUGUGGUAAACAGUGAAAGGUUUUUCAUGUUUUAUUUACCUUGGAAUUCAGAAUUAUAGCUGUUGACUUCUGAGCUGCACAACAGAUUACAUUUUUUCUGUUUUAAUCAGAUGACUUCAAUGUUUUAAGUAAACAUUUGCUUAUGAAAGUGAGGGAUUACUGGUCUUGACUUAAGCAUGUAUUAUACAGACUGACAUACCAGCUCCGUCUUCCCAUUGAGUCCCCCUUCCUGAUCACAUUUUUCUGCUGGAGCACUGGACAGCGAACCUUUCUAAUACCGCAAAUGCAUUUCUGGAUCAGAAUUGGCUGUUGUUACACCGGUUUUGUAAGGUUCACAACAGGGCUAAACCAAAACCUAAUGAUUCAUAUGUGGUUUGAGCUCUUCUGUAGGUGUCCUGAUGUCAAACCUCCUGCCAUCAAUCUGCUGUCUGAACUGCUGCAAGCCUCUGUGUUCCCUGAAGCUUUUCACAGCAUGCAAGGCAGUGGAGGAUGUUGUCUCCUCCCAGUCACACAAAGGAGCCGUGCCCACCAUCCACAGCCAAACUGCCCCCAGAGAACGUGUCUUGAGACACUUGCAUGAGUACUGCAGGAGACAUUUGCAUGUCGAGUGAAUGCAUCUCAAGUAAAUGUUGCACUUGAAAUGCUUCUUUAUCCUAGUUGCACAGAAAGUGUGGCUUCAGAUUUGGGUUUUCCCAGACUUUUUCUGAGAGUGGAUGGAGAGAAGAAGAAGGUACGUGGCAGCAGAUGAGUCGCAGCAUUGUCUAGGAGGCUCUCGAAGGAUCUGCUGGCCCUGAAGGCAAAGCUUUUCAUGUAAGAGCUUCAGUAGAGCAAGAUUGUCUGGAAAUGUUGCAAUGGCUUUACAGCAUGUUAGUGACCUUUCUGGUUCUACAUGCUGUCUGUAGCCCUGACAGCUGAGGCUGUUGUGUUCUUUCUCUUUGUCACUUUACCUCUUGCAUGCUUGUGUCAACAAGCCAAGCUGCUUGCUUCAUCCUGAAGUUGAACAAUUUUUCAGACAUUUCUUAAGUUGCCCUGAGCAUCUCUAAUGAAAAAAAUUACCUUCCAAGUAUAGUGAAAUUUAAUGCUUAAUAAAUGUUUGGAAAAUGCAUUUUCAAGUAUUUCCUUAUUCUUCAAUACAUUUUUAGUUCCAAAUAAUUCCUUUAAUUUUUGUGCUAAGCAUGUUCCUGAACAUCAGAGGCAAUUAUGAAGAGCUCAUUAAGAUUCACAGCUAGAAGAAGAAAGUCUUAUUCAUCCCACAGUCCCCUUCAGAUCAGCCAGUCUGUUUUCAUUCUCCGCAUCUGUAUCACACUGAGGCACUUAAACAAGGGGAUGAAAUGGGGACCUGUGGACAUGCAUGGAGCCCCUACACAUAUGAGCACAAGGAUGUGUUUCCGUGCUCAAGGGUGUGUAUGCGUACAGCACACACUUGCAUGUAGUAGAGAGGAUUAGUGGAAGGGUGUCAGACUAGAAAAUCACAGGAAGGUCAUGUACUUUAUGGUUCUGUAUUGAUCAGGUGCAGAGAUAGCUUGGUAGCAUGAAACCUGAGUAUUGCUACCUGGAUUUCAUGGGGAUGAGUUGCCAUUCCUUCUGAGCUGUCUCCUGCGAACCAGCUCCUAUUGCUGUCAGAUGCCUCGCUGCUCCACAGGUGAUGUCUUGCCUGGUGUUCAGGUGAGGAGCCGCAUCUUUGCUAUGUACCUCCAGGCUGGGUUGUCCACCAGAAAAAGGAACAGACAGAUUUCCUGGGCUUUUAGUUUUUCAGGAGUCUAAGUUCAAGUGGAGAGCUUUCAAAACAGAGGUGCAUAAAGCAUGCCUGAAAGCCUGAAGGCAGCAUACAGACUUGGCCUGAACUGGUUUGAAAGAUUGAAGGAAGGAUGCAGAAGGAGAAGGACACUGGAAAUAAGCAGAUCAUUAGGCAGUAGCCUGAGAACUCAGAUCUGUACAUGCAAAACUGAGCAUGUUUUGCAGUGGCCUGCAUAUGUCAUUUCUGUCAAACUGUACCUCAAGAAUGGCAGUGAAACUCCAGAUCUUGCAUUUCCUUCAACAUCUUUGAGCUGGGAGGCUUUCUUUUUCAAAAGUUUGUUUUUCCACCUAACUGAAAAACUCGAUGGGUGUGCGGGAAUCUUUUAGGGUGCCAAAUAAUCAUUGAAGCUGAGGACUCGGACACAAGCUGAACAGGAAUUCAGCAGGAAGAAGUUGGGAUAGAAAAUAGAGCAGUCUUUGAAUUCUCUGUGUGUGCAGAUAUGUCAGAUUGGUUAAAAUAAAAAUUUGUUUAAUUUGCACGUCUGUUGGUCUGUUCACUGAAUGUUGAAAAGCAGGUGGCCAUCUCUUAGCACAAAUAAUGAAGUUGACAAUGUUGGAAUGCCAAACAGCUAAAGACAGGAUUCGCUGAACGUAUUAGAUGUGGGAAGCUGAAAAGAAAAGUGGCUAUUUGGUACCACUACUGCACUCAUUGAAUCAUGGAAUCAUAGAAUGGUUUGGAUUGGAAGGUAUCUUAAAGAUCAUCUGGUUCAUCUCCUUUGCCAUGGGCAGGGACACUUUCCACUAGAUCAGGUUACUCAAAACCCCAUCCAACCUGACCUUGAAUACCUCCAGGGACGGGGCUUCCAUGGCUUCACCAGGAAACCUGUUCCAAUGAAAUUUACCCUCUUUCAGCUUAUAACUGUCACCCCUCAUUGUAUCACUACACACCCAGAUAAAAUUUACCUCCCUCCUCAGCUUUCCUGUAGGACCCCUUCGAGUACCAGAAAGCUGCUAUAAGAGAUAGCUUGGUAGCUUCUCCAGGCUAGAAAAGCUCAACUCUCUCAGCAUGUCCUCAUAUCUACCAUACGUAUCUACCUUUUAUAGUAGAUGCCCCAGCCCUUGGAUCAUCUUUGUGGCCCUCCUCUGGACUGCCUCUAAGAGAUCAAUGUCCUUCCUGCGCUGAGGACUCUAGAACUGAAUACAGUACUCCAGUGAGGUCUCAGAAGGGUGGAGUAAAGGGGAGAGAAUUGUCUUCCUUGAUCUGCUGGUGACACUUCUUUUGAUGCAGCCCAGGAUAUGGUUGGCUUGCUGAGCUGCAAGUGCACAAUGCUGGCUCGUGUUGAGCUUCUCAUCCACAAGCACCCCAGGUCCUUCUUUUCAGGACUGUUCUGAAUCCAUUCUCUGCCCAGCCUGUAUUUGUGCUUGGGAUUGCCCCAACCCAGGUGCAGGAUCUUGCACUUGGCCUUGUUGAACUUCAUGAGGUUAGCACAGGCACACUUCUUAAGCCUGUCAAGGUCCCUCUGGAUGGCACCCCUUCCGUCCAGUGUGCUGACCACACCACACAGCUUGCUGUUGUCAGCAAACUUUCUGAAAGUGCACUCAAUCCUACUGUCUAUAUGUCUGACAAAGAUGUUAAACAACACUGGUCCCAACACUGAUCCCUCCAGUACGUCACUUGUCACUUGUCUCUACUUGGACAUUGAGCCAUUGACCACAAUUCUCUGAGUGCUGCCAUCCAGCCAAUUCCUUAUCCACUGAGUGAUCCAUCCAUCAAAUUCCUGUCUCUCCAUUUAGAGACGAGAGUGUUGUGCGGGACAGUGUCACAUGCCUUGCACAAAUCUAGGUAGAUGAUGUCAAUUACUCUUCCCUUGUCCAUCAGAGAUGUAGCCACAUUGUGAAAGGCCACCACUAAAUCCUUCAGGCACAAUUUGCCCUAGGUGAAGCCAUGUUGGCUCUGAUCAAUCACCUUAUUUUCUAUGUGCCUCAGCAGAGUUUCCAAGAGGAUCUGCUCCAUGGUCUUGCUGGGCACAGAGGUGAGACUGACUGGCCUGUAGUUCCUCAAGUCUUUUUUUUUAACUUUCUAUUGAAAAAAAUGGGGUUUAUAUUUCCCCUUUUCCAACUUACAUAAAAUAAACCAGUAUGGUUAGAUUAGAGGUUUAUAGCUUUCUGGCUUGGUUUUCAAGAUGGAGUAAACAACAGAAAUGAGAAGCCUGAGUGGUUUAAUGCUGCAGGUUAUUUUCUUGCCUAUCUUGAGAAUUGUGAAAUGAUGUGUGUAUGCUGUCAUGGUGCUGAUCUUUUUUGGAAGCAUUGCUCCAUAGACGCCUGCAUGCACUGAGUAGGUUCGAACCGUUGGGGGUUGCAUCUGCUUGAGAGAAAUCUGGAUCUGCCUUAAGAUGUGAAAAAAAAAAAUCUUCCCCUGCAAGGUGAUUUGAAUUCAGGUUGACAUUGUAAAGUAUAUGAUCUCACUUUGAAGUAUUUAAGAAUGGUGGUGUAUCUUGAAGUACCUUCAAAGCAGCGUGUCAUGUGGUAGACUUGUGCCUGACUGCAAGCAUAAAAGGGUGCUCAGUUCCCAAGCAUGGCCAAUUUGCUGAUUGAACUGCAAAUGAAUAAUUUCUUGCUUAAAUUAUUCGGAAUAAUAGUCCCAGAUGUUUCUCAAAGAUUUGCUAAAAAAGUGUAUUGAAAUAUUUGGGGCACGAUUUAGGUAAAUAUGCUAACUGAGAAAGCACUAAAGCUUUAAAUCUAAGGAAAAUGAAGGGAUUCAGUCACACAUGAUUAAGUACUUUCAUGACUAGAGGUGGACUUUACACUUAGGUGUUUGUUUCUUGAUACUUGGCUUGUCUGCACAACUCCUAAAGAACACUUGAAGUAAUAAGCUUUGCUUUGGGGAAGGUUUUAUUUUGAAAUUUGAAAGCGUAUUGGCUAGGAGAAACUAUGUAAUACCACAAGGCAGCUGAUUUCAAGCACUUGAGUGUAGAAACCUGUAUUUCUAUAACUCCUGUUUUUAAUUGUUCAUUGUACAUAGCUGAGAGUUCUUAAAUCAUGGUGGGGGAAAAAAAAGAGCUUGUCAUUCAAACUCGCACCAAAAACCACCAUAGGAAUCCAGAGUGAUGACAAUUUAAAAAACUCAGAAGAAAUAAACUGAAUUCUUAUAGCUUCUUUCCUGCUGUGCUGAAAUGCUGAGAGAUUUGCUAAACCUACAGGUUUAUACAACUAAAUCCGUGCUUAAUGAUUGUGUUUGCUAAACUGGCUAACUGCAAUGGAUACCUAAAUCAUUCUUUUUUUUUCUUUCUGAUCUCCUCUAGUUUAGAGAAGACAAGAUUUGGACAGUUGUAUCUGGAUUGAACAGUGUGAUAAGAGUUGUAAAAUGUUACCAGCAAGGAGCCUAGUUUUGUGAUAAACAAAGAAUUGCACAGUGAAUGUCUUUCGGGAGCCAUCCAGCCAGAACAAUCAUACAGCAACUACAGCAAACCUCUGGGAUUGAGAGUUGUCAGGAGUAGUGGAUAAAUGAGGAUAUUUUCUAAUACCCCCGAUGCUGUGUGUGUUUGUUAUUGUCGAUGCUUGGCAUCUUUGGGCUUGGGUUCUUUGUUUUGUCCUUUAUAACAAGAAGCUUAAAAAGCACUUUGUACUGCUUCCUUAUGAGCAUGCCACCUCCUCUUUCUUUUGCUCUUUGUUUGUCCAUCCUGUUUCCCUGCAGAUUUGCAAAGAGGAACUUACCUUUUGUAUAGGAGUGACUGCAAAUUUCUACUGCAUUUUUGGUGAUUAAAAUGGUAACAUCUCCACAGAAACAGCAACAUCUCUAGGGCUCCAUACAGUGUCUUAUUUGCAAUACCUCUUUGUCUGCUCUAUCAUAGGUCCUUUCUAAACAAAUAUUUUGGAUUAUUGUUUCUUUACUGUAGCCCUAAUAUUUUUGGAGAAAAGCAAUAGCAAACUAACAGACAACAACUAAGAGACUAGAAAUUAUUUGCACGAUCUGUUUUUUAAGAUAAGAUUUUAAAAUUCAUUAACAACUCUUUUUGUUCUAUUUUUUCAAUGUAUCAGUGACAUAAUUCUGCGAUUCCACUUCCUUGGGUGGAGAAGGGAGAUAAGAAAAAAAUCCAUAUUCAUGGUUUAGAUUAGGUCUGCUGGGUUUCAAAAUGUAUGUAUGUGCUUCUGUUUUGUAAUACUUCAUAAACCUCCUAACAGCUGAAAACUGCACUAGCACCAAAAUCUUAAUGAAAUGUCAUAUGCAGCCUAUUAAGUUUAAAAUGCCUGCUGAAAUAUGCAGAACCUGGACUUUCAGGAUGUCAAACACAUGGAGAACUCUAUGUAGAAUUAGUUGUGACUGUCAGUUCUCUGGGAUCACACUCCGGUCUUAUGCCUCCUUUAAAGUUGUUAGUAGACUUGGCCUCUGAGCAUUUCUGUCAUACAUACUAUACGCAGUGGCAGUCCUCAUUUUAUAGAUCUAAAGCAAGCAGCCUUUGAUAAGGAGAUACUUAGCAAUUUUGAGGGCGAAUUAUCCAUCUCCUUAAGGGAUUGUUAAAUCCUCAGUUGGAUCAGCAACCUGACUUUUGCAAAAGGAAGAUGGGAAUUUGGUUAAAUUGUUCUGGCACAGCCUGGCCCUCCCUGUGCUUUCUUGGUCGUUCAAGGGGAGGAGGUGUCCUGGGACAGGUGUUGAACUGUGUGAAACAUGUACGUGACCUACCAUAAAGCUCUGUUGAAACAACUGUCCCGUAAGGACACACUGUGAGUGCUCUCCCUGCUGGAAUCGUCCGACAUAAUAUCUCUGGUUAGAACGUGGGGUCUUAUGAUUUGUCUUCUGUAGAUAUGACUAUUAAGGUUUAAAAGAAAUGUGGUAACCUCUCUAUAAGGUUCCUUCAGCUUUCUAAGUCAUCACAAAUGUAGAACUCUCCCAGCCACCCAGUAUCCUACAAACUGGAGAAGCUGUCCUUCUAUUCAGCUUCAGGUGAGAAAGGUAGCCCUGAAUUAGGUUGCCUCAUGGCAGGGCGCUGUUUCUGUCGCUCUGCUGUGAGUUAGCCUGCUGCUCAGAUGCUUUUUUGUGGCAGGCUCUAAAAAGUAUUUCUCAUCCUUCUCCCUCCUCGCCCACCCUCAUUUUGCUUAUAAUUGUUUUUGGAAAAACAAAAACAGGCACUAGGAAAAACAAAAAGAAGAGUAAAGCUGUUCUUCAUUCAGGCCACGUUUAGACCAUCUGUUCUGUAUCUAUUUAAACUUUGUCGAGAGAAAGCAGAAAUGCCCCUGAAUUUCAGCUAUGCUCCAAAUGAAUCCCAGUAGGCUUCCUGUUGUGGAGACUAAACCUUGCUAAGCAGAGGACCUCUGAGAAGAAAAAUAUUUUUAACUCCCAGGAAUCAGCAGAUGCAGUCAGUUGUUGCUGGAAAGCAAAGAAGGAGCAGUGGCAGUCCUUGCAACGAAGCAUUCUCCCUGCUGCAGUCCCUGUGCUUUGAGACUAGUGGGCUGGUGUGGCACAAGGCUGCAGCGGAGAGGGCAGUACUGACUGCACACAUGCAUAUAUUGUCUAGGGGAUCUGCUUGUCAGCUUUCUGAUAUGUAUUUCAAGCUACUUGCAUUUGGUAUCAGUUCAGAUUACUUCAGCUACAGUAUCCCUAACUGCUCCGAAGGCAUUGCAAAUGAGCUGUAAUCUCAAGCAGCCCAUCCCACAGGGCUUGUCUUUGCACUAUCCCUCUUAGCAGAGGUUUCUGUGUUACUAGGGGAGGUAAGAAGGAGUGGGGAUAGUUGAAUGGUUGGGGGUUUGUGUUUUGUUGCGUUUUAUUUUGUGAAGGCAGAUAAACUUUGACAGAUGAUAAAACAAAAAGGCAAAGGAAAAUUACUAAAUAGUCUUUAUGUCAGCUGAAGUGUCCUCCCUCAGUGCGGCUUUGAAGUGAGAGCUAGUUCUCUAUCUCAGUGUCAACCUUGAAGACGUGCACAUGUGUACUUAUUCAUGCACUUAAUAUGUUAAUUAAAACAAGACCUGAAUGAAGGUUUGGCCCUUAUUUUAAGAAUCAAAGACAGAAAGGCCUCACUCUGCCUGGUAGUGCCAAUGGCCUCUUCCCUCCCGCUCCUGACUUUCCGGCUAGUUAAUAGUUGCACCAGAGGCUGGAAGGUGGAAUCUAGUCUCAGGCACACAGGUAUUACAUGGCUCUCCUACAGCUCUACCACUGUCUUUGCUCCUUGUUUUACACUUGGUUUUAUAUGGUCCCUUGUCCUCCCUAGGCUCCCUCUGCACCCUUGUUAAUUAUAUUCUAGCUAAACGAGCUGGCUGGCACUGUUCUUUGGCUGUGUACCAAAGUCCUUGAUGUGUUUCAGAAGCAAGAAACAUAUCUAACUUGGUUUUAGACUACUUCCCCCUUCUUAUCUUGUGGAGGGCUCAGCAGCCCCUACAGAUACAUAAGCUGCUGUGCUGCCAUGUCAAAACGUUGCCAAAUAUUGACUUUAUAAAGGUGAAAUCAAAGUGCUGUUGAUAAAUCUGAAAGCCCGGAGAAACAUUCUUUGCUUGCUUUGUCUGUUCUAGAAGGCAUCUCAAACACUGCUGAGUUUCUAACUGACCCCUUCCUCCCAUCCCAUUUUAAUCGUGGUAUUUUUGUAGUCCAUCCUCUGGAGUCUUGUCCUUUGUACAUGUAGAAGCGCUGAUUUUAUGAGAACUGUUCAGACACAUUUGCUAUGAUUAAAAUUCCUCAUAAUGAUUUUCAAUAGACUAGUGU